AGUGGUGCCCAAUGCUCUCGAUCGAUAUUCAGAUGCAAUUAUUGUAUGAUUAUAGGCUAGUUUAAAUAGGCUUAGAAAGUCACUAAGAUAAUAGUAUCUAUAACUCUUGUUCGAUCUUAGUUCAUGUCCACCUCCCCUGGUGUCGUCCAUCGGCCACGAUGGCACGUUUGCCAGGUUUUGAGACAUGGCGAACGCGCCUAGUCAUCCCAAACCGACCCAGGAAUCGGAACGUGCCUCGCCAACUCGGACCACGCCUCCUCCAGCUAACCCAAACCAAGUCAGGCCUCUCGAACCUUCCACAGCCUUCUCACCUGACCUCUCUUCCAGACGUUUCCCCCACUCCCGCCGUCGUAUGCAAGUGAGAAAGAAAGAAGAAUCAAGAAACCAAGAAGGAACCACCGCCGUUCGCUGCUACCACUUACACACAACACCAGGAAGAACAAGAAGAGGAGGAGGCUAAUAACAGGAAAGAAGAAAGGAAAGCAGAGGAAUUGGGACGAUAUGGGCGUGGAUUACUACAGGAUUCUCCAGGUGGACAAGAACGCCAAGGACGAUGACCUCAAGAAGGCCUAUCGCAAGCUCGCCAUGAAAUGGCACCCCGACAAGAACCCGAACAACAAGAUGGAAGCCGAAGCCAAGUUCAAACAGAUCUCCGAAGCUUACGAGGUCCUGAGCGAUCCGCAGAAGCGGGCGAUCUACGACCAGUACGGCGAGGAGGGGCUCAAGGGGCAGGUCCCGCCGCCGGGAGCCGGCGACACUUCCUUCUUCUCCGGCGGGGACGGGCCCGACGUGUUCCGGUUCAAUCCCAGGAAUGCGGACGAUAUAUUCGCCGAGUUCUUUGGGUUCUCCAGACCCUUUGGGGGCAUGGGCGGUGGCAGUGGGAUGAGGGGCGGAUCGAGGUUCGGCGGUGGGAUGUUCGGAGAUGACUUCUUCGGAUCGGCCUUCGGCGGGGAGGGGUCCGCGAUGCACUCCCACCGGCUGCAGAAGGCGGCACCUAUCGAGAACCAGCUGCCGUGCAGUCUCGAGGAUUUGUAUAAGGGGACUACCAAGAAGAUGAAGAUCUCCAGGGAGAUUGCUGAUGCUAGCGGGAAGACAAUGCCAGUGGAGGAAAUUUUGACAAUUGAUAUAAAGCCUGGUUGGAAAAAAGGAACAAAAAUUACUUUCCCAGAGAAGGGAAAUGAAGCACCCGACAUAAUUCCUGCAGACAUAGUCUUUGUCAUUGAUGAGAAGCCCCAUGACGUAUUCAUGCGGGAAGGAAAUGAUCUUGUAAUGACGCAGAAAAUCUCUUUGGUUGAAGCUCUUACUGGUUACACUGUACGUUUGACUACACUUGAUGGUCGGAGCCUUACAAUACCAAUUAACUCCAUAAUUCAUCCUGCCUAUGAGGAGGUUGUUCCUCGAGAAGGGAUGCCGCUACCAAAGGAUCCUUCCAAGAGAGGAAACCUUCGAAUCAAAUUCAAUAUCAAGUUUCCAACAAGGUUGACUUCUGAGCAGAAAGCUGGAAUCAAAAGGCUAUUAGCUCCGUAGUUCAACAUGCUGCUGAGCAUCUGAUGUUGUGAGUAUCUGUGGUAGGCUUGAGUUAUGCGUCUUGGCUCAAUGUGUUUGUAUUGGAAUUGAGAUUUUGCAGUAGGCUUAUCAGGUUUUUAUCUAGCAUUAGUUAGUCAAUUAUGAACCUUCCAUAAACAUAUCAUUGUUUACUUAUAAAGGAAAUUGAAGAAUGAUCGAUUUAUUUAUGGUAGA